AUGGCAGGAUUGAGAGCAUGGUUUGGACGUGGAUUAGAUCAGGAUUAUGUCGACUCCAUCAACAGUUUCUGGACAGUCCUUCUAUUGGCCGUGUGUUCUGUGGGAUCAUUCGCCAUGCGUUUCAUCACUACACCCAUCAGUUGUUGGUGCCCUGCUCAAUUCGAACAGUCUCAGUACUCGUACACACAGGAAUCGUGUUUUCUGAAGGGCUUGUAUUAUAUGAAGUCAAUGCCUGAUGAUAAUGACGAUGAAAGACCGGAACCUGUACCUUCCUACCACCUCUGGAUACCACUCAUACUCUUCUUCCAAGCCCUGGCUUUCAAACUACCCAACAUCAUCUGGAACAGCAGCAAGCACUUGCUUACUUUUAAUAUGGAAGAAACCAUGGAGUCCUUGAAAAGUGUACAAUUGACCAAUGCCGAGAAUAGCCAGGUCAUGUUCAGUGAUGCAGCCCGAGUAUUUGGAAGUCUGUUGAGAAGAAACCGAAUCAUUUUGGCUCUUCUGUAUCUAUUUGUGAAACUUCUCUCCUUAAUAGUCAGGCCAUGUUCAGUAUUUGGGAGUCUGUUGAGAAGAAAUCGAAUCCUUCUGGCUCUUCUGUACCUGAUUGUGAAGCUUCUCUCCUCUGUCAAUCUGAUAGUACAGUUUGUAUUCCUAACAAUACACUUCAGACAAUACCUGGCAAUCAGGGUUGGGUCCUAUAUUGGUUUUGAUAUGGACUCCAUCAUGAAUCCAUUGCUUGUAAAAGAUGGUUAUUGCGAUUUUUAUAUAUACCAGGUGCAGAAUUCUCACAGGUAUAGAAUUCAGUGCACCUUGCCAAUCACCGAAAUCUAUGAGAAGAUGUUCGCAUUCUUAUGGUACUGGAUCUUCCUCCUGGCUCUCAUCACCAUCCUUAACCUUGUCCUGUGGGCAGGAUUUCUCUUCCUUCCAUUCCUAAGAAAUGGCAGGAUAGCUGCCCAUGUCAACGCUGCCAAAGGAUCUCGCCCUGAUGAACACUCUAUAACUCGAUUCAUCAGCAAUUUCCUGGGAAUUGAUGGAGUACUUGUCUUGUCCAUGAUCUCCUUGAAUUCCAGCGAGCUGGUUUCAGCGGAGCUCACCCAACAUUUGUACCAAGUGUUUCGGGAAAAGGAAGAGGAAUUUAAUGCUCAGCGAAAUCUCUACACAGGAGAACUGGGAAGAGGUGCUGUCGUACCUGCAGCAUCAGGAACUAAUGCAACUAUACCAAUGACUGACCUCGCCUCUGGUGACCCAAACUUGGAGAAAGUGCCAAUGCUGUAA